AUGUGCUUAGCUAAUUUGUGUAUUAUUUUUGGGCUAAUUUUUUUGUUUCAUCUUGGAAAUUCACAGUUUCAGAUUUCAAAUGUGACAACUCCAAAAAUAACGAUCCGUGUCGGAAUCGCUGCCGCCCAGACCACCCAAUCCGGUUCCAUUGGUUGGUCGUCUUGUGGUGGUGCUGUACCGAUAGCAGUACAGUACCUGCAGCAAAAGGGGAUGUUGAAGGAUUUUGAUUUCGAAUACAUAAUGGAAUACACAGAAUGCGACAAAGCGAGUGCCGUAAAAGCUGGACUCAAAUUCAUGAAGGACCUGAAAGUAGAUGUAGUGAUUGGACCGCCAUGCGCCAAAGCUUUGGAAGUGAUGGGAACACUUUCUGUGAUCUACCAAAAAUUAGUGUUGGCUUGGGGAUUCGUCAGUGAGUCUCAAUUGGCGGACACCUCGCGAUUCCCAUAUGUGACGUCGGUUCAACCAACUGCACAGACGCUCGGCCAGGCGACCGCCAAAGUUCUGGAGCUCUACAAAUGGGACAGAAUUGCUCUUCUCUACUACUCGGAUGAGCAAAACUACUGUCAAUCGGUGGUUGAUGACGUGGAAGCCACAUUGAACGACCCGGAUUCAUUUCCGGUGAAUAUCGUAUGGAAGGGACAAUUGGAGUAUACGAAUGCGGCAGCUACGCGGUAUACACUCAAUGCGGUUAAAUCGAGAGCGAGAAUUUCUAGCUAUACACUCCGACUGUCUGCGAAGUAUUCGGAAAACAAAACGAAUCAGGGCUUUACAUCAGAUAAAUACAAAAAUCAUAUUCUCAGCACAAUUUUCAGCAAAGUUACAGCUUUUCGAAUAAUCCUAUUCUGUGCAAUUGCCGGGCCCGAAAAACGUGAUUAUCUUAUCAAAAUCGGUCAAGAGAAUAUGAUAUCCAAUGACUAUGUGCAUGUGUUGCUCACCAUGAGAAGUAUCGGGUAUGGAGUACAGUCAGCGGUGGGCAAAAAGACUUUAAUCCUAUUCUGUGCGAUUUCCGGCCCUGAAAAACGUGAUUAUCUUAUCAAAAUCGCCCAAGAGAACAUGACCACAAAUGAAUAUGUGCAUGUUCUGCUCACCAUGAGAAGUAUUGGGUAUGGAGUGCAGACGAGUGUGGGAAAGAAGACAUUCAAAAAUGGUCUCACACCACUCUGGGAGUCGUUCAGUGCUAAUCCGGAUGGCAAUGAGAGUAUGGCGAAGAAAGCGGCGGAGAAGAUGUUGGUGAUCGACAUAAACAGUGAUGUGCAGGACGCGGAGUUUCUGCAGUACUUUACAAAAAACGCUGCAGACGCUGUGAGAAGUCCGCCGAUGAACUGUAACUCGUCUGCAUGUGUGAAUGCGUCGUCCGCUUCGAUGGGUUCCUAUGCACGUCAUCUGUUUGACGUCUUCUACUUGUAUGGACAGGCAGUGGACAAAUUGAAUACGACGGAUCCGAAUAUUUACAAUGAUUUGGAUUAUUUAGUGCCACAGUUGAUGACCAGUUUUGAUGGAAUGACGGGUCGUGUCCAAAUCAGCAAGACUCUCUACCGUGUCCCCUUCUAUCAGCUAUACGGUCUGGAUGCUGAUUACGAGCAAAUCCCACUAAUCAAUAUGACAUUUUUCAACGCCUCCUCGGUAAUUGUACUGUUUUUUGACCCAUUUUUUAGUAUUGCUCAUCUUAAAUAUUUCCAGACAAUGUCCCUUGGCUAUUCCGACGAGAACAAAUCCGUUUGGCACUUUUGGGGCAAUCAGAGACCGCUGGACACCCCGAUUUGCGGAUUUUCCGGGAGAAAUUGCCCAAUCAAGUUCUGGGAUCAAUAUGGAGUAUUGAUUUUUGUCGCUGGCAUUGUAAUCCUCUUCCUAGUACUAAUUAUCAUAAUUUGUGCUGGUUGGAUAGUGAGAAAUCGGAAAUUGGAGCAGGAACGACAGAAUUCCGAAUGGCAGAUUCCUUCGAUUAAACUUCAGAUUCCGGAGAAACGAAAAACGGAAAACUCAAAAAGAUCCAUCAACUCAGGACCUUCUACAGUAACCGGGGAUUCUAAAAUGACUGGAGAGGGCCUGUACGGUUUCCAUGAGAAUUAUACGGUACUGAUCUAUGAGAAGGAUUUGGUCCUGACCACUAGACACCAUGGAAUUUCUUUAAAUUCAAUGGAGAAGGAGAAAUAUGCGAAAUUGAGAAAGCUGGAUCACGACAAUUUGAACAAGUUCAUUGGAUUGUCGAUUGAUGGACCGCUAUGGAUCUCGGUUUGGAAGAUGUGCUCCAGAGGAUCACUUCAGGAUAUCAUAUCUCGUGGGAACUUUUCGAUGGAUGGCUUUUUCAUGUUUUGUAUUAUUAGGGAUAUCGCGGAGGGUCUCAACUUCCUUCACAAAUCGUUCCUCCGCCUUCAUGGAAACCUCCGUUCCGCCACCUGCCUUGUAAACGAUUCCUGGCAGGUAAAACUCGCAGAAUUCGGAAUGGAUGACCUUCUCGAAGAGCACACACCAACAAAACGACGUCUUCUAUGGGCAGCUCCAGAAGUGCUACGUGGCUCACUUACAGUAUCCCAAAUGGAUCCGAGUGCCGACGUGUACUCAUUUGCAAUUGUUGCUUCGGAGAUUUUAACGAAACGGGAGGCGUGGGAUUUUGCGAAUAGGAAAGAGGGCGCGGAUGAAAUCCUCUACAUGAUCAAAAAGGGCGGAGCCAGAGCAGUCCGCCCGGAGCUCAUUCCUGAUGCAGAAGUCAGUCCAUCUCUAUGCACUUUGGUCAAGGAUUGUUGGUCGGAAGUUCCUGAGGACCGCCCGAAAAGUGAGCAGAUUUGUAAGCUGCUCUUCGAAAUGACACCAAAAGCCAAUACAAAUCUAAUGGAUCAUGUAUUCAAUAUGCUUGAGGAAUACACAACUACACUGGAAGUAGACAUUGAGGAGAGAACCAAAGAAUUGACAUUGGAGAAGAAGAAGGCGGAUAUUUUGUUGAGCAGAAUGUUGCCGAAACAAGUAGCGGAACGCCUAAAAGCUGGUCAAACCGUGGAACCGGAGGGAUUCGAUUCAGUGACCGUAUUCUUUUCGGAUGUCGUCAAAUUCACACAACUAUCUCAAAAGUGUUCACCGUUUCAAGUGGUGAAUUUGCUCAAUGAUUUGUACAGUAAUUUUGAUACAAUCAUCGAAGAGCACGGCGUUUAUAAAGUCGAAUCGAUUGGUGAUGGAUAUCUUUGUGUUUCUGGACUACCCACUAGAAAUGGUUAUGCACAUAUUAAACAAAUCGUGGACAUGUCCCUUCAAUUUAUGGAAUACUGUAGGAAAUUUAAAAUUCCACACUUGCCAAGAGAGCAGGUCGAAUUGAGGAUUGGUGUUAACAGUGGACCCUGCGUAGCUGGUGUGGUCGGUUUGUCGAUGCCCCGUUACUGUCUAUUCGGUGACACAGUGAACACAGCCUCCAGAAUGGAAUCAAAUGGAAAACCAUCUCAAAUCCAUAUGUCAGAAGCGGCUCAUUCUCUUUUAACCUCUCAUUAUCCCCACCAAUAUGAGACUAGUUCUCGAGGAGAGGUUAUAAUUAAAGGGAAAGGAGUUAUGGAAACAUUUUGGGUUCAUGGAAAAUCUCAGGACAUGGCUUCAAUGAGUACUAGAACCACUCCACCGGUCACCGAUGAGAAUUGGCCACCACAUUUUAAGGAUGAGCAAUCGAAGCGAGCAAAGACACCGUACCCGGAGAGAAUUUCUAGUGCCAGUCAUAAGAAUAAUGACACCUUGAAAGUUAAAUAUUGA